GACCAUUCGAUCUUUAUGUUCGAUCUACAAGUUCUGAUCUCUUUUUUAGUGGAUGCGUCCAUUCAAUACUUUGGCUAUGCGCCUGGCAAGUGCGAAGUAUCCAUAUCGGGUGUGAUCCAGGAUAUGAUUGCCACAGAGGCCCGCAUCAUCUCCGGAGUUCCACGUCCCUCGCAAACAAAACUGCUUCGCUAUGAUCUCUACACUCCUCUUAAUCCCGAGGAGCGUCAGUUGCUGCGACCAGGAGAUGUGACCAUGCUGAGGAACUCGCACUUCAAUCCCAAGUGGCCAGUAAGAGUCUCCAUUCAUGGCUGGGCCGGAAAAGCCAUCUCCUGCUCGAAUGCCGCCAUCAAGGAUGCCUAUUUAUCCCGUGGCAAUUACAAUGUCAUUAUUCUGGACUGGGGUCGCCAGGCAUUGGAUAUCAGCUAUCCGAGAGUCUCCAAACAGCUCCCUUCGAUAGCCGCCAAUGUGGCCAAGAUGCUGCGCUUUCUGCAUGAUAAUACAGGUGUUCCCUAUGAGCAAAUCUACCUGGUGGGUCACAGUGCCGGGAGUCACAUCUCUGGAUUAACAGGGAAAAUGUUGAGACCUCAUCGCUUGGGUGCCAUUUUCGCCCUGGAUCCCGCAGGUCUCACCCAACUGAGCCUGGGACCCAAGGACCGGCUGGAUGUGAACGAUGCCCUCUAUGUGGAGUCCAUUCACACGGAUCUAACGCUCCUAGGCAAUCCGAGCACCAAGCUCAGUCACGCCUCCUUCUUUGUGAAUUGGGGCCUGGGGCAGCCGCAUUGUCCCAACGCCACGGCCACGGAGUUUGACUUUGUGUGUGACCACUUUGCGGCCAUGUUCUACUUUGCCGAGUCAGUGCGUCAGCCCAGAUCUUUGGCCGCCUUGCGCUGCAGUUCGGCGCAAUCGGUGCUCUCGGCCACCUGCAACUGCAACAGUCCAGCUCAAAUAUGCACCGGCAACGAGUUCAUGGGCGGUGAGCCGGCGGUGCCCAAGAGGGGUAUCUUCUAUCUGAGCACACGGCCACAGUCGCCAUAUGGCUAUGGAGAUGGCCUGGUCCACAUGCGACGACCACGACCGUCCACAGUUCGGGAGACGGCGAAAAGGCGGCCAUUCGGUUAGAGGUAGAGAUCCAAAGCGCUCCGAAGCAGACAGACCAAAAAGAGAUUUAUAUAUUUAAGCCUAGCCUUAGCCAAAGAAUGCGAAUAAAGCAAAGAUUAUUUUACAAUUGAAUAA